AUGUUAUUUCCAAUAAAAGCGCAUUUUUUAUUGCAACUAGUAUCUCACGCAUACAUGAUGAAUGAAGAAACAAGAGUACAAGUGGCUGAAGGAAAAUUGAAGGGCGUCGUCGUAAAUGGUUGUAAUAAUGUUAGAUACUUUGCUUUUCGCGGAAUACCAUAUGCCAAACCUCCGAUCGGCGAACUCAGAUUUAAGGAUCCAGUACCAGCGGAACCAUGGUAUGGUGAGAGAGAUGCCUCGAAAUACGGAAACAUAGCUGUUCAAAUAGACCCUGCAACACAGGAAAUUGUGGGCGAUGAAGAUUGCCUCUAUUUAAAUGUGUACACUACAAAAGUCAGAUCCUCGAAAAAACGCACGGUAAUGGUAUGGAUACACGGUGGUGGCUAUUUUCUAGGUUCUGGUAAUCCAGACUGGUAUGGUCCCGAUCAUUUUAUGCAGACAGACGUAGUAUUGGUUACCAUCAAUUUUAGAUUAAGCUCUUUAGGUUUUCUGAACCUCAAUGACGAAGUGAUAACAGGUAAUCAAGCUGUGAAGGAUGCGAUCUUGGCAUUAAAAUGGGUUAAAAAAAAUAUAAUAGCGUUCGGUGGAGAUCCAGAAAAAAUCACUAUCUUUGGCGAAAGUGCUGGUGCAUCCACAGUACAUGCUCUAGCUCUAUCUCCGUUAGCUAAAGGUUUAUUCCACAAAAUAAUCGCACAAAGCGGUGUCAUCUUAAAUCCUUGGGCCUUUAAUGAAGUGAUGGACACAGGUUUUAGGCUUGCCAAAAAACUUGGAAAGGAAACAUCAGAUCCGAAAGUCGCAUACGAGUUUUUAAAAACAGUUGAUGCAAAAACAAUUAUUAAAAAUUCACUAUGGGCAAUUUCUAAUAAAACAGAGGAAUUGAGUUUUACUCUACCCUUCACGAUCACUCUGGAUAGCAAGUCAUCGAAUCCAGUUUUUCCUGAACAUCCAAAGGAAUAUAUAAGCCGCGGGAUUCAAAUGCCCUUCCUUUUAGGAUUUAAUCGUGAUGAAGGAAUAUUUCUUAUUCGUAGCAACUUUUUCGGAGAUAUGAGCGACGAAGAUAUACAGACAGUAAAUGAUGAUUUUAAAAAGGGAAUACUACCAAAUGUAUUAUCCGAGUUACCUGAAAUAGGAAUUACUGUCGAGGAAUUACGACACCACUAUUUUGGAAAUAAAGAAAUAACAGAAAAAACUUUGAUGAAUUAUUCAGAUUACAAAGGAGAUGAAUUUUUCGUACGCGGCAUAAGAGAUGUAGUUAAAUCGCAACAGUGUUCUGGUUAUUUCAAAUCGACGUAUUUGUAUCAUUUCGAUUAUGAGAGCGAAACUUCCCCUUUUAGAACAGUAUUAGAUAUCGGACUUCCAGGAGUGAGCCAUACAGAGGAUUUAGGUUACCUAUUUUUCCCAGAAGCUGUAAAAUCAAAUUCUAACCUUACUUGUCCCAAACCUGGUUCAAAUGAUUACAAAAUAGUAAAUUAUUUUGUGCAAAUGUGGACGGAUUUUGCUAAAACAGGAAAUCCAACGCCUACUACAAAUUUAUGGUUACCACUAACUGGUCCGCAAAAUAAAGACUACAAUUAUCUAAAUAUUGAUUUAAAUCUACAAAUGAAAACCUUUCGUUACGGAAAAGAGCGCUGGGAUUGGGAAAGUGUUUAAAAAAUGUUCUAACGUUAUCUGAUGUAAUCUUAUCUGUUAAAGCCGAAUUUUUUUUUAGCAUUUCUUGUUCUUUGUUGAAAAAUAUACAUUUACAAUAAAUAUUCCUUA